AUGAGCAACGUGGACGGUGCCGAGCUCGUGGGCAAGCCCCGUGCCCACGGCAUCGUACCCCGCCACGCCCGCGAUGCCGCCUUCACCGACGGCAAACUCACCUUCACCACGCAAAACGGCAGUGAGUCCGCUCGCCCGGAGGAAAUAGUUUUCAUUAUUCCCGCAAGCAGCAAUCCGGCCUCGGGGCCCAUGAUCUGCGUCCUGAAAGAAGACCCCGAGGCCAAGGAAUCUCCUUAUCAGCUCGACAUCAUCCUUCUCGCGGAGGGCGAGCUGCCUGCCGAGCUCACCAGCCGCGACCUCCUGCUCCCGCAAUUUCCAGAGCAUCUCACGCCCAGGCCGAAACGUCAUGACGUACACUUUGUCGUGUCUACCAAGUCUGGGCUGGGCCACGCGCCAAACUUCUGGGACGGCGUCGUUCAGCCUCUGAUCCUGCUCGCCGGCCAAAAGACGGCGUCUGGAGAUUUGCCGUCCGCUUUCUCUCCAGAAGAACGACCAGCCGCCCAUGGUCUGCCUUCUAGCUUCAAUGUCCUGAUAACGGAAGACGCCGACAGCGUUCGCAAGUUCGCAAAGGAGAGGUGGGCUGCCAGACAAGCCGCCUCGAGCUCCGCCUCCUCGCCCCGGACAGAGACAAUCGUCCUCCUCAGCGGCGACGGCGGCGUCGUCGAUCUCUUGAACGGGUGCGAGGAGGAGGAGAAGAAGACAGUAUCAUCCACCGCCACCACAACACUACCGACCCUCGCUCUCCUACCCCUCGGCACGGGCAACGCCUGCUUCCACUCCCUCCACAAACCCCUCUACGCCGAGACGGGGCCCUCACAUAUGGUCCUCGGCCUCCGCACCCUCUUCUUCGGCACCUCGCGCCCGCUCCCCAGUUUCCGCGCCUCCUUCUCCCCCGGCGCCCGGCUCAUUUCUUACACGGCCGAUCCGGGCCCCCACGCACCGUCGCCAGGCGAGACCGAGGGCGACGGCCAAGGUGACCGCGAGACGACGCUCUCCCGCCACGACACGAGCGUCGACCAUCUCUUCGGCGCCAUAGUCGCCAGCUACGGCUUCCAUGCCCAGCUGGUCUGGGAGAGCGACACGCCCGCGUACCGCAAGCACGGCGACAAGCGCUUCGGCAUGGUGGCGCAGGAGCUGCUCAAGGAGAGCCACGCGUACGUCGCCACAGUCGAGGUGCGGUCCCCGGGAGCGGCAACGGGCGAGCAGAGGAGGAGGCGCGUGGAGCGCGAGAGGUUCGGGUACGCUCUCGCGGCCAUGGUGUCGAACCUGGAAAAGACGUUCACGAUCGCCCCGGACAGCGGGCCGUUGCAGGGCAAGCUGAAACUGGUGCACUUCGGGGCCGUGGGCGGGGAGAAGACGAUGGAGAUUAUGAUGGCUGCGUACAAGGAGGGGGCGCACGUGGCAUACCAAUGCCCGCAUUUGAAUGCCCUGGCUACUGUUGCUAACAUCUCAGAUGCAAGUCCGUUGCUUGCUCGCUGCCGAUGCAUACACACCUUAAAUAGGUUUCCCAGUCAUGGUAAAUCCAACCCGGGACUCAAUGACACAAGUCAACGUGUAGAACUCAAGCAUGAUAUGGUUUUACACAAGAGAGCUUCUUUAAUCUUCGGCAGACAAGCUGCAGACUUCAGAGGUCCUAGUAUCUAUUUGACCAACCUCAACACGCACGGCUUCCCAUCACAGGCGAUUCCCAGACGUCAAUUGAUGAAGUGUCCUCUCCCUACCUUGUCCCCAGGCUUCUCAGCCCACGUGGUCAACAAUAUCAAGCUCGAGGCACUCUCAGAUAUUCAGUUAAAGUGUUCGAGAAUCGCCGGAUAG